GAAGUGGAAAAAAAAAAAAACCCAAAACCAAAAAAAUAUCGGCAAGUGAACGGCGACAAAGCAACCACAAAGAGAAGUGCACGUAUUCAUUUCCCAAACCACAUCCGUUCUCUUUAAGAACUCCGGCCUCAUCUUCCGUCGUUGAAUCCUCUCUGCCCUCCGCCAUUCAAUCUCAGAGCCCGCCAUUUCAUUGAAUCCCUCAUACUAAUUGGCUACUACUAUCCAUUUUCCCCACAAUCCUGCUCUGUGAAAGGUAGUAAGAUAUGGCUGCCUCUUCUGCAUCUGCAUGUCUUGUGGGAAACGGUAUGUCCACCCACUGUUCCAAAUCAAAUCUACGCAAGUUUUUGCAUAGCAGGCGAUUAGUCCCUUCAACAAGCCUCCAGUCAUUGGGUAAAAGGGCUAAAGCCGGUGUGGUAAAGGCAUCUCUUGAACCAAGGGAGAAUGAAGGAAGAAGAGACUUCCUAAAGUUAUUGCUUGGAAAUGUUGGAGUUGGUACAUCCGCUUUGUUAGGAAGUGGGAGGGCCAAUGCUGAUGAACAAGGGGUAUCUUCAUCUAGGAUGUCUUAUUCUAGGUUUUUGGAGUAUCUGGACAAGGAUAGAGUGAAGAAAGUUGAUCUAUUUGAAAAUGGAACUAUAGCAAUUGUUGAGGCCGUUUCCCCUGAAUUGGGCAAUCGGGUGCAGCGUGUUCGUGUACAGCUUCCAGGACUUAGCCAGGAGCUUCUUCAGAAGUUUAGGGAGAAAAACAUUGACUUUGCUGCACAUAAUGCUCAAGAGGAUUCUGGCUCUUUGUUAUUCAACUUAAUUGGGAAUCUAGCCUUCCCACUAAUUUUGAUUGGAGGGCUAUUUCUACUAUCGAGGCGUUCAUCUGGAGGGAUGGGUGGUCCUGGAGGCCCUGGGUUCCCUCUUGCAUUUGGUCAAUCUAAGGCAAAGUUCCAAAUGGAACCAAACACUGGUGUGACUUUUGAUGACGUUGCUGGAGUAGAUGAAGCCAAGCAGGAUUUCAUGGAGGUGGUCGAGUUUCUUAAGAAGCCCGAGAGGUUCACUGCUGUUGGAGCUCGCAUUCCUAAAGGUGUUCUUCUUGUUGGUCCUCCAGGAACUGGGAAGACAUUGCUAGCCAAGGCUAUUGCUGGUGAAGCAGGUGUCCCGUUUUUCUCCAUUUCGGGUUCUGAGUUUGUUGAGAUGUUUGUUGGUAUUGGUGCUUCUCGAGUUCGUGAUCUCUUCAAGAAGGCCAAGGAAAAUGCACCUUGCAUUGUGUUUGUUGAUGAAAUUGAUGCUGUUGGACGUCAAAGAGGCACUGGAAUUGGUGGUGGGAAUGACGAACGAGAACAAACACUUAACCAGCUACUAACUGAAAUGGAUGGGUUUGAGGGAAACACUGGGAUUAUUGUAAUUGCUGCCACAAACAGGGCAGACAUUCUUGACUCUGCUUUGUUGAGGCCUGGACGUUUCGAUAGACAGGUCACUGUUGAUGUCCCUGACGUGAAGGGGAGGACAGAAAUUUUAAAGGUUCAUGCUAAUAACAAGAAGUUUGAUAAUGAUGUUUCUCUCGAUGUUAUAGCCAUGAGAACACCUGGUUUUAGUGGGGCUGAUCUUGCAAACCUCUUGAAUGAGGCUGCCAUAUUGGCUGGACGGCGUGGUAAGACUGCUAUUUCAUCUAAAGAGAUUGACGACUCGAUUGAUCGGAUUGUGGCUGGUAUGGAAGGAACAGUAAUGACUGAUGGGAAGAGCAAAAGCCUUGUGGCAUAUCAUGAAGUUGGGCACGCCAUUUGUGGUACUUUGACUCCUGGACAUGAUCCUGUUCAAAAGGUGACCUUAGUUCCACGUGGUCAGGCUCGUGGUCUUACCUGGUUUAUUCCUUCCGAUGAUCCAACCUUGAUCUCCAAGCAGCAACUCUUUGCUAGAAUCGUCGGUGGACUAGGUGGCAGGGCAGCUGAGGAAGUGAUCUUUGGUGAGCCAGAGGUGACAACAGGUGCAGCAGGUGACCUGCAACAAAUCACUGGGUUAGCCAAACAGAUGGUUGUAACAUUUGGGAUGUCUGAAAUAGGUCCAUGGUCUCUCAUGGACUCUGCAGCUCAGAGUGCUGAUGUUAUCAUGAGAAUGAUGGCUAGGAACUCCAUGUCCGAAAAACUUGCCGAGGACAUCGAUGCUGCCAUCAAGAGAAUAUCCGACGAAGCCUAUGAAAUUGCAUUGGCUCACAUUAGGAACAACCGUGAAGCCAUGGACAAGAUUGUUGAGGUCCUACUUGAGAAGGAAACAAUAACAGGUGACGAAUUCCGGGCGAUUCUUUCGGAAUUUGUAGAAAUCCCAGUUGAAAACAGGGUUGCUCCAGCAGCAGCAUCUACACCAGUUGCUGUUUAAACAGCUUUAGAACAUACUGUAAUUACAAUUGACAAGUAUUUGUACGUAUUGAAGUGUACUAUAGUCUUCGGUCACAUGUAAUUAAGAGGGUUUAAAUAGUCAUUUGAUCUCUUGAAAACAUCUGUGGAUUUGUAAUUUCUCGCCUUGGUGUUUUCCCUUGCUGAACUUGUUAUAGUAAAUGGCCAGCUAAGUCGCAUGUUAUGACCAGGAAA